AUGGCGCAGAACGGCGAAGUCAACGGAGUCCAUGACAGCGAAACCAAUGUUGAAAUCCACACAGAUUACCUGAUUGUUGGCACCGGGCCUGCUGGCGCAUCGCUGGCGUGUUUUUUAACGCAACAUGGAUUGACCGGCUUGAUUGUGAGCCAAGAUCCCGGCAACGCGGACACACCGCGAGCUCACAUUACAAAUAUGGCGGCUUUGGACUGUUUACGCGAUAUCGGUGUCGACAAGGAAUGCUACAAAAUAGGCACACAGGGGGAUACGAUGGUCCAUACUCGCUGGUCCAACAGUAUGGCGGGGGAGGAGUACGCCCGAAUCUACUCGUGGGGAAACGACCCAAGAAGAAAGGGCGAUUACGAACUUGCCAGCCCUUCCGAGCCAUUGGAUUUGCCGCAGACCCUACUGGAGCCCUUACUUAUCCGACACGCCACACUGAACGGAUUUAAGUGUCGAUGGGACACCAAGUUCGUCUCAUUCAAGCAAGACCCAAAUAGCCCUGGAGUUACGACGACUUUGUUUGACAAGGUCACUGCCCAGAAUUAUCGAGUUCGAUCCAAGUAUCUUUUUGGAUGUGAUGGCGCACGAAGUCCAAUCAUUCGGCAAUUGGAGGUUCCAAUGAUCAAGCGCCCUGGCCAAGGGUUUGCAAUCAAUAUCUUACUGGAAGCCGACAUGUCACAUCUGAUGGAGAACCGCAUGGGUAAUCUGCACUGGAUUCUAACACCAGACAAAGAGCAUCCAGAUCACGCCUGGAUUGGAUGUUUUCGAAUGGUAAAACCCUGGCACGAGUGGCUUUGUAUUAUUUUUCCGUCACCCGCGGCUGAAAGAAAACAGCGACACGAGUCAGAGUAUGUCAAACGAGUGCAUGAGAUGAUUGGGGACGACUCAGUUCAGUUUAAGAUCAAAGGCAUCUCUACCUGGAUCAUCAACGAGACAGCCGCCGAAGAGUAUUCAAAGGGCAAUGUGUUUGGUCUAGGAGAUGCUGUUCACCGACACCCUCCAAAUCAUGGUUUGGGAUCCAAUACAUGCAUCCAGGAUGCCCACAACCUAGCAUGGAAAGUCGCACUUGUUGACAAAGGUAUUGCUGGAAAGGAGCUGUUGGAUAGUUACAGCGUGGAACGUCAACCUGUGGGGCUAGAUGUAGUCACACAGGCAAACGCCUCACUCCGGAAUCACAGAAAAAUAUGGGAAAUCCUGGGCAACUUAGAACCCACAGUCGCAAGCCGUAUGGAGAGAUUCAACGUCCUGAAAGAGGAUUCCGAGCGAGGGCGACGGCGUCGCCAGGAAUUAGCAGACGGGCUGAGACUCAUCAACCGCGAAGAGCACGGCCUAGGAAUCGAGAUGAACCAACGGUACACUUCGUCGGCCGUUUAUAAGUCCGACCAAGGUCCACUACCAACCUUCGCGACCGACUCGUUGGAACAUUAUCAUCCCACGACCUAUCCCGGUGCGAGACUACCCCAUGUCUGGUUAACUCGAUCCGUCCCCGAAAAGCCGGUAUCUACCCUCGAUCUGGCUGGAAAGAGUCAGUUCGCACUAUUCACCGGCAUUGGGGGACAGGGCUGGAGGACGGCAGCACAGCAAGUCUCCGCGAAACUUGGUGUUGCGAUUAGUGUACACUCUAUCGGAUUCCGACAAGAGUGGGAGGAUCAGUAUCUCGACUGGGCCAAGAUUCGAGGCGUUGAAGAAUCUGGCUGUGUCGUCGUAAGGCCGGAUUAUUUUGUCGCUUGGAGGUCUCAGCAGUGGGGGGCUGACAGCGCGGAGAAGCUAGAGGCCGUCUUUACCGCGAUUCUUUCCCGGAGCUGA